AGAUACACGGCCAUGAUGCCGCCGUCGCCCCAAGCCACACAUUAUAACAGUUUCUCUCCAAGUCAAAUAGUAGAGUCAGGAAAUCGGGUAGGAGUGAAGUGUGUGCUGUCGUUGGCUUGGAGCGGUGGCGGUGUCAAGGCCUUGUAUUCUGGAGGCAGCCUCACGCACUCUAGUACAUAACUUGAGUUCUGUGGAAAGUACUGCUUUGACAGUUCACUGAGUGGCCACGUGUGGCGCUGCCUGUAUGGCCAAUACGGUCCAUUCGUGGACGCGGAAUUGAUAACCCGUAUAAGCGGCUGAAGUGUUGUUGUUUACGUCUACCUGAGCUGCCACACCGGCGGGCCGGCGGAGGACAGCGGCCCCCUUAAAACAUUGCACAAAAAGAGCCGUAAAAAGAAAACUGUAAUAGUGGAAACAGACAAAAGGACCGAAAUGAAAAAUGAAAGAUGAAAAGGCCAAAUUAAGCUAAAACAAAGAAAAGAAAAGAGAAAGCAAAGUGUAUAGACAAACAUCUCAGUGCAGGGUAAGUGUGUAAGUGUGCCCAGUGUAGUAAGUAAGUGUGUGCCUGAGAAGCGAUACAAAGCGGAACGGGUCAAAAGAAGAAGCGGCCCUGUGGAGCACUGCUACGGUGGCGGACCGGGGCCUGAAACCUCAUCAACGGUAAACGGCAGGAGGGUGACUGAGGACAGCAUGCUAACACUCUUCUGCCGUCACCUUCGAGGGCAUCCUGCCACCUCAAGAUGUCAUACCGGGAAAAGGAAAUUUAUUUUUAAAAAAAAUUAAAGCCUUUAUUCUUUCCAUUAUAAACACUUCCCACAACCCUAAAGCGAUUGCUCUGGCAUACUGAGGAGUGCACGAACAACCACCUGGGGCACCCAUGGUACUCGGGCGUGUUGCCAGCAGAGCAAGGGUGUCACCCACUACAAACACUACUUGCGUAGUCCUUACUCUAUCCUCCACCACCACUAUAAAGACUUGGGGACUCUUGCAGAGGCCAAGUCUUUCGUAUACAAUUUUCCCCGGCUGAGGGGUUUGGAGGAAACACAGCUGGACCACAUCCUUAAGCUGGUGAAGGAAGAUGGCUACUGCUGGAAAGAAGUGGAACUCUCCAAGGAAGUUCUUCUCCUCACUCCAGCAGAGUACAAGCACCGUGUCCAACUGCUGCAGGACCUGUCAGUCUCCCAGCCGUCACUGCACCAUGUUGUGUGCUUCAGUAAUGGGUUGUACUGUGAAUGCCUUGAGGAGCAGCAUCACAAGCAUCUUUGACUCUGACCCUCUGGAGCACCUUUUGUCAGCUGGCAGGCUUGACCUCAAAUUGUCAGAGUCUACUUUACAGGCUGCUUUGGACCUGUGCCGGAGAGAUGAUCAAGUGACUCUGAAGCACCUGUACCUCUUCUUGCUUAAACAUUACUUGGCUGCCAGGUUCUCUGAGGAUGCAGACUCAGUGGGAGCUUUUCUGGAUGGUGCCUCCCUUCGUUCUCUGUGGAGGCCCUUGAAUCAUUACUCCAGGUUGUGUGACGUCUUAAUUGACUGCCUUGGAUGCAGCUUUUCUGAGAUACAAGAUCAGCCACGGCUGUUGUUCUUAGAUCCAGACAACACGAAGGAGAUCUUGCAAAGGUUCUCUAGCAUGGGUGGUGUCUCCACCAAGGAAGUGGUCAAAGCACAUCCAAGGCUGUCGCAGAUCCCUGCGUCUCACUUGGACUCUUGGUUGAGGCUGCUUCACAAGCACCAAGUGUGGAAGUUCUCCUACACACACCAUGCGACAAUAAUGUUCAAAUCCAGUUCCUUCUCUGAGGUUGAGAGGAGAUUAGAAGCCCUUCAACGACUCCAGGAAUGGGAGGUGAUUAUGGCAUCUGAUAGACUCUUUGAGAUCCUAAGGAGCCAGAGACACACAAAGAGGCUGAUAAAUGCUGCAGAAUCAGGACAGAUCAUCUCCAGCAUCUCCCUGGCAAUUGGGCGCCAGGAGCACUCUGGACACAGGCAGUGGUACGGCAUCACCCCAGAGGUUGUGUCUUAUGUUGCCCUCACUCUUGACUUGCCCCCCGACCAGGUUCGGGACUUACUGACAGAUGUCUUUACCCCAUUUGGAAUUAAUAACACCAAGACUGUUCUACGACUGCUGCUGGAUUAUGGCUUCACCCGGGAACAGGUGGUGGCAGGAGCCAUGGUGCUGAACUUUGAGGCGGGUGUGGUGGAGCAGACACUGAGAGACCUGCACUCCAGGCCUGAAGUACAGCCUUUUGCUGAGUGGAUGGAAAACCCAUUCAUGCUGCACCUCCUGGCCUACUGUAUCAAGAAGGACAUCCCUCACCUGGACUUGCCCAUCAAAAAAUUUAAGCUGGAGACUGUUGACCUUUCUAUGCCUAGUUCUAACAGUAGGGAUUGCUGAAACAGGCUCUGUAUCAUAGUUGGUAUUGUGACUGACUACAAAGCUGGUGACACAGAUUUGAUUUGGCUUAUAGAUAGUUUGCCUGUGAUGUUACAGCCUGCAUCAAAACAAAAACAAACCAGUGCCUUGACAUAACUUCUACUCUGUCAGUGGAUGGAGGCCUGCAUCCUUGUGGCAUUUUGCAGCAUUUUACAUUAUCUCCAAGAAUUUAGGAGUGUUUAUGAUCCACUCAGGCAUGCAUGUGACAAAAACUACAAAUUAGACUCCAGGUGCCAUAUAGUUUUGUAAAUGGUGAAGAUGGUAAAGUGUUGGGAUGCAGUAGGAUAUUCAACUUGGCAAGGAUGAAACUAUUUUGUUUUAUGGAUUUCUUUCUAUCUUACACCUGUGACAAAUGAAAAAAGAGCAAGGAACAGAUGAUGAAAGACAACAGAGCAGAAGAGCAAGAUGGAUUGCAGGAGUCAAAUGAGUUGUAACAGGAACAUCAACAUAAGAGAGGAACUGGGAACUUUCUCCUUUUGGCACACUCUACAUACACAGUUCCUAAUGGGGUAUUUGCACAAUUGCCAGCCAGAGUGUCACCACCAACUACGUCUUUGUGCCCACAAAGCUUGAACUAUUCUCUCAAUUAUUGUAAAUUCCCUGUGUUUCUGUGGGACUUGUAACAAUUACACCUCAGUACAAUAAGUGAUACCAUUGUUAUAAAAAUGUAGUUGAUCAUUCUCAUUGCUUUGUUUAUUGGUAAACGAGACAAAAUAAAUGACUAUUGGAAGCUUAUCCUCAUUAGAAAUCUUGCAUGAAAGUCCAUCAAAAUCAAGCAGAAUGGACCUUUUAAAAACUCUUAUUUAUAUUACGAUAUUUGCUUAGUAUUUGUUUAGGGUGUAAAAAAAAAAAAUAAAAAAAAAUAUAAAAAAAAAAAUCGGUCACCUUUGAUGAAAUUUAUGAAGAAGCCUUAGGGCUAUUGGAAGCUUAUCCUCAUUAAAAACUACUACUGUAGGCAAUGUAAAUAGUUGAGGUGAGUUUUAUUAUCUGAUAGUUUAUCAUUUAUACAUUUUUAUUUCUUGAGAGUCUGAGAAGAUUUGAAGUUCCUGGCAGUAUACCCGGGCAGGUGGGGCUUGUUGCCACGGUAGGCAAUCCACCGAGGAGAGGGACAAUUCUGACUGCAAACCUGUACAGGUGGGGCUCGUUAGCCAUAGUAGGCAAUCCACCUGGGCCCUCAGCUGAAACAUGAGGUUGCCUACAGGAAGGGCAUCCAGGGCAGAAAAAGUCCAGCCUCAAACCAAGAUGAAAGACAACGUCACCCUCAUCAGCCUGUCCAACCCAAUAAGGGAAAAUAAGGAUGUUAAACAAAGAAGUUCAUAUUGUUUAGUUCCAUGUUGAGUUUUAAGAUUAGUGUCUUAUCAAACACCUGUACUUUCCUGUCCUUCUUUGAAACACAAACAAAAAAGAAAAUAGGAACAGUGAUUCCUAAACUAUUCCAUCCCCUUAAGCUGGAUCCCUCCCGGCAGUGGCUGGAUCCCUGGCCAAGCAAGUAAGGAUGCUGUAGACUGGCUGUAGGUGGGCGGGUGUCUGACAUCUCCGUUGCCCAGCACACACCCGUUGGUUCAGGAAAUAUUCACUUUUCUUUAUGUAGCUCAUCUGUUACACGAGAUAGGUAAAUUUGGUUGACAUCAUUGAAUUAAGCAGUAAUUUCACAACCGUAUCAUGAUUGUCAAAACUCAAUAGGGAAAAAAAUAUUAUGUUGAGUUGGAGUCAGAGAAUUAACACUUAAUGUUCAUGUGACUUUACUUAUUAUCAACAUUUGCAGGAAUUAUGGAACCAAUUUUAGAGUAAAUUCUUUACACUGUUUCCUGUGGUUUGCCUGACGAUUUGAGGGUUAGUAGAAAAUAUAAAUUUAUAUGACAACAGAAGAGCAGUUGGCUAAGUAGAAAAGAGAUAUUACUGCAUUAAUAUUUCCAAACUUUACUGUUUAGUUUAAUGUGAUGAGAACAUUAUUUGAGUAAUAAGGGAGUAGAAAUUAAGGUCUAUCAAUGCCUCACCAACCUUCCAUACAAAACUUAUAUAGCCAAAAAAUAGAACAAGUGAGAUGUACAUAAUAUCUUAUAUAAAAGUGAUGAAUGAAAAUUAA